AUUUUGGAACCGUUUGACUACUACUCGAUGCCGGCUCUCUCCGAGCUGGACGACUUCGACCUGUGCCUCAGGAAACCAGAUGCGGUCUACUGCAUCGUAGAUCUCGAACUACUGGAAGAUGACACGCCAUUAUACCAAUAUAUUAAGAACUUCUCAUCCUUGUCCUAUAAAAACUACAAACAUUCAAAACUUCACCGUGGAAUAUGCGGCUCUCAAAACUGCGGAUUAAAUCUCACACACGCCAACGCAACAGAAAUAACUGCUGAGACUUUAAAGAGCUGCUUCAAUGCAUCAAUCCAUCAACGCUACGGCCUACAGGUCGACUCUCUCUCCGUCAGAUAUUGCAAAACCCAAAACGAUUAUAUUCCACCGGACACGUUAGAUUAUAUAAUUGGAGUACUGAUAUUGCUGCUGCUUCUGGUCAACCUUGGCUGCACAGUGUAUUACUUCUUCUGGCCACCAGAGAAUGGCGAGGGUAACAAAUACAUGUUGGCGUUCUGUAUGCAAAAGAAUUGGAAAGCUUUAAAAUACGGCGGUAGCGCUGAAGGUGGAAUCUUCAAAGGUUUCCAAGCUCUCAGGUUCUACACCAUGGUGAUGAUCCUUGGUCUCCAUUCAAUGAUAUUCAUUGGAUAUGGUUACACGGAAAAUCCUGAGUUCAUCGAAAACUCUUAUAACGAUUUCUUCAAAGCGUUGCUCUUCAACGCCCGCAUCAUAGUGCAGAUCUUCUUCGUGAUGGGAGGUUUCCUGAUGGCGUACAAGAUGAUGGUUUACGCCGAAACCCACCAGUUCAGUUUGAAGACUGUGCCGAUGGCGAUUGUUAACCGAUGGUUUAGAUUGAUGCCCGCUGUCCUCGUGGUGAUGGGACUCGCCAUGACGUGGGUGCCCCAUUUGGGUUCCGGACCCAUGUGGGAUGCAGUGGUCAAGCGUGAGCGGGACAUGUGCAGGAGCAACUGGUGGCAAUUGGUGAUUUUGAUGCCGAAUCUAUUCCCGUUUGAGCACCUCUGUUUACCUCAAGCUUGGUAUCUAGGAACUGACACUCAGUUGUUCUUCGUGACCUUGAUAAUUCUGCUCAUCAUCUGGAAGUGGCCGAGAUCAAGUGUACCAGUUCUGUUCAGCGUGAUGGCGAUCAGUCUCCUCAUCCCGUUCUUGCAGAGCUAUUUCAUGGAGUUACUACCAAUCAGAGUCAGCAUAUUCCCUGAAUCAAUAAGGGAUAUUUUCGGUUACAACGAUACGUUUUACCAUGCCUACGUGUCGGCGCAAGGAAAUUGGGCCGGCUACCAUCUUGGCGUUCUCACCGCCUGGUUCUAUCAUAAAGCACAGACCAAGAAAUGGGAUUUAGGUGAAUCUUGGUUAUUGAAGGCCCUUUUCCUCAUAUCAGUACCUGUGGCUUUCCUAACUGUUCUCAUGGGCUGGGACCUCCACCAUCGCGAGGCAUCAGCCUUUGAAUCUGCCGUAUUUAACAGUUUGAACCAGAACUUCUUCGCUUUCGCUAUCAGUAUAUUCAUCAUUGGAUACUUCUAUAAGUGUAACAAACUCUACGUCGGGUCAGUGGAAUGGGGUCCAUUACAGCCUCUCGGUAGAUUGUCCUAUUGUGCUAUGUUAUUGCAUGCGACCAUUCUCAGGACUUACGGCGGUCAGAUGAGAAGAUCGUUCUACGCUACAGAUUACACCGCUAUCAUGCUGUUCGCUGGUAUCGUAUGCACAACUUACCUUUUCUCGCUGCCGCUGUAUCUAUUCGUAGAAGCACCAGCGUGUAACAUCCAAAAGAUUCUAUUUGGGCCGAAGAGACCGAACAAGAAGGAGGCAGAAGUAAACGGAAGCGUUAAGCCUGGAAUAUCCAGCGUAUCCGUUUCAACAGUAUCUACACAUAUAUAAGACUUAUUAUUUUGUAAAAUUUGUACAUUUUAUUAUAAAUAUAUUGGUACCUGAUAAAA